CUCACACUGGCACUGGCACUGGCAGUUGAGGAUUCAAGUUCUCCGAGUCGAUCGCGGUCUAAUCUGAGAUCAUCUGAACCGCCGCGAAGUACGAGACCGAAGUACAUGCCUGCUUCCUGUCCGUCCCAGUUUCUCAAAGCGUCCCUCCACCACCUCAUCGCGCUCUGAAACCAGCUCAGGAGCAUUCGCUACCUUUCGGCAUUAUCCUUUCGGCAUCGUUCUGAUGCUCUUGUAAAGGCUUGAGGAUUUGGAGGAUUCGGCGGAACGGCACCGGCUAGGUUCCAAGCCCGGCCUCAAGUGCACACUCCACACUUUCACCAUGGCUUCGAGAUCACCUAGCCACUCUGAGGGUGAGAUCCUCAGCUCAGAUUCGGAAGCGAAGACCCUAUUCUUCAUCCCAUGGCCCGUCUAGAUCGCACCGAUCGCGUUCGAGAUCUCCUUAUCGAGCCACUAGGGGCGAGAAACGUCCACGAGAGAACGACCAUUACCGUGGUAGAUCGAACAACGAUUCCCGGACCUUCAGCGUGAGAUACGAGUCUCAUCGUGACUCUCACCACCGACGCGGUUCUUACGAAGAACGAAGCGCGAAACGGUCGCGAACCUAUUCCUUCAGCCGUAGCCGAAGUCGAAGUCGGUCGCCCUACAGGCAAUCAAGGCCAAGAGAUGGUGAAAAAGACAGGUCGAACCGGACAGCUGACAGGGACGAACCGGCCCAGAAUGAAACACAGCGUCAGUCGGGAUCGGAGAUGGCAGCGGAGCACACUGCGAAGUCUGUCCGUUUCGAGUCGGAUUCGCGGUCAGUGGCUGAUCAAAGCAGCGGUCCAAGUGAACCGUCGAGCGUUGCGCCACCGGACAGUGCAACCGACCAGGUAGACGAACCGAAACCGAUUGACGAAGCCGCUCUUAUCGAGGAACGUCGAAAACGUCGCGAAGCAAUCAAAAACAAAUUUCGUGGCCAAGCAGCCCCGCCCUUACUCGUCCAGGCGCUACAUAUGGGAUCGGACUCUGCUCGCGAUAGUCCUGCCCCGGACACUGACGUGUCAACACCCCGCCGUUCCGAAUCGCCGACCGCAUCCUCACCGCGUACACCCCGAGACACUUCUGCUGCGCCGACUUCUGCACCACCGUCGCCUGCGGAGGUCAAUUUUGACGCCGAUGCAGACUUGACUAACUCUCGCAGGGGCUCUCCCCCAGAAGAUGGCCCUUCAGCUGCCGAUUAUGACCCCACCGUAGAUAUGGAGGAUGAAAGAGCGCGCCAUGACAAACGUCUGUUCAAGGAAGAUGACAAAUCUCUGGAGCAGGCCGAUCCCCACGUGGCUGAGCAAUCCAACCAGGCAACUGCUCCCACCACGAAGCAGGCCACCGAGUUUGACAUGUUUGCCGAAGAAGACGACGAUGACAUGUUCGCGGAAGCUCCGACAAAGCCAAAAGAAGAGGCCAAGACUGCCCAAGCCUUGGAUGUCGGUCUCAUGGACAAUUGGGACGAUCCCGAAGGGUACUACAUCACAAUGCUCGGUGAGCUGAUCGAGGAUCGUUACCAUGUAACCCAAAAUCUCGGCAAAGGAAUGUUCUCUACCGUUGUUCGAGCCACGGAUAGGCGCACCAGUAAGCCAGUGGCCAUCAAGAUUGUCCGCAACAAUGAGACCAUGCGGAAGGCAGGUAUCAAAGAAAUCGACAUCCUCAAGGAUAUUGCAGCGAAUGAUCCCGAAGACAAGAAGCAUAUUAUCCGUCUUGAGCGCUCAUUUGACCACAAAGGUCAUUUGUGCAUGGUGUUUGAAAAUCUUUCAAUGAAUCUACGGGAAGUGCUCAAAAAGUUCGGCAGGGACGUUGGUAUCAACCUAAAAGCCAUCCGAGCUUAUGCCCAACAACUCUUUCUGGGAUUGAGCCUGCUGAGAAAAUGUCAGUAUAUCCAUGCCGAUCUCAAACCGGACAAUAUCCUUGUCAAUGAGGCAAGGAAUACCCUGAAGAUAUGCGAUUUGGGGUCCGCUUCCCCUAUCACCGAGAACGUGACCGCGCCGUAUCUUGUGUCUCGCUUCUACAGAGCCCCCGAAGUGAUCCUUGGUAUUCCUUACGACUACGGCAUUGAUAUGUGGUCUAUUGGUUGUACGCUUUUCGAACUCUAUACGGGAAAGAUAUUGUUUACAGGCCGUAACAACAACGGAAUGCUUCGUGCCAUCAUGGAAUGCCGGGGCAAGUUCCCGCAUAAACUUCUCAGACGCGGCGCGCUGACCUAUGAGUAUUUUGACGAUUUGCUCAAUUUUCGAGCUCAAGAGACGGACAAGGUCACGGGAAGAACCGUGAUCAAGAUGAUAGACAUUAAAGCCAAACCCGUGCGGGAUUUGAGGUCCCGGCUGAUCCCAAAGGACAAGAGGCUGAAUGAACAAGAGAGGAAAGAGCUGGAAUCGUUUGUUGAUCUGUUGGAGAAGUGCCUGGACUUGCGACCAGAGAAGAGGAUUACGCCGAACGAUGCGCUCAAGCAUCCGUUUAUCACGCGGAUCAAGACAUAAACAUAAACGUUCUGUUAUACUAUUGUACAAAGAGGACAUAUUACGAACCCAUUUCUAGCGAGUGGACCUCGCAUUCAGCUCGAAUGCGCGGUGAAAGACUGCUCCAUGUCCAACCACCUGCCUUUUCUCAAGGGGUCGAGUUUCUUGAGCUCAUCCAGCCAUCCCAACACUUUGGUCCGAUCAUCUUCGUUUAGUUGUCCAUUGUGCAGCUUCGCUUCGAGUAACGUACAUUCAAUCAAUGCCUGAUAGGCCCAUUUACAGUCGCUA